UAACCGCGACUGAAUGAGGAAGUAAACAAUGUGAGAUGCUGUUUCAGGCUAGUUUCGAAUAUGACUACUGUGAAAAUGUCUGCGAUGUCGAAAAAAGAGUCAGAUGGCUGCAGAAAACUUUUAAAACUAUUGUCAGAGGACGACAUAUUGUCACUGAACGAUACAGUGACUAACCGUUUAAUCCCCGCAGAGAGCCCUCGUGAGGCAAUUGAAGCUAUUAUUGCCUACUCUCAGAGCGCCGAAGAGCUUCUCAAAAGGAAAAAGGUUAAUCGGGAGGUUAUAUUUAAAUAUCUGGCAGCAGAAAAAGUUCCUUUACCUCCGAACAGUGAGAAACAUCAACUGAUAAAGAGGACUCUUGAAUUAUGGACAUGUGACCGCGAGAACACAGUAAAUGUCUCCAGUGCAUGUUGUACGGAGCAGAAAGGAGAUGGUCUGGAACAGAUAGCAGCAUUGGGGAAGCAGUUUUGCCAAUGGUUCUUCCAGCUUCUUAACUAUCAGAACCCCCAGGCCCUUCAGCAAUGCAGUAUGAAGCAGGACUGGGGUCCACAGCACUUCUGGAGCGAUGCCAGGAUGCUGCUCCUCACACACUCCCAGGUUCGGCAGAAAGACGAGUUCCAUGGAGCUGAACUGGUGAGCCGGAGGCUUUUAGCCCUUGUCUCAGAGGAGAGGUUACUCUUCUACCCUAACCUGCAGCAAACAGGGCUGAAGUGUGUAGCUACACCUCAUGGGUUGGUGCUGGUGGCAGUCGCCGGCACAAUUCAUCGAGAGAACGAUUGCCUUGGAGUUUUUGAGCAAGUGUUCGGGUUGAUUCGUGCUCCUCAGGAAGACAACCGCUGGAAGAUCAAAACUGUGCACUUGAAUGUAAAGGGACAGAUUGAUAAAGGGACAUUGCCAGCAGUGACCUAUAAUUCAAAAGAAUUGCUGCAGCUAUUCACUUAGUAGAACUGUUUUUACACUAAAGAAAAUGCACUUUAUAUAAUGGAUUGUACCUAUUUUAUCAUUAAUCAACAUUAAGAAUUCUGUUUAACGAAAACUACAUUAAGACAGGCAUGAGGGUAAAGAGGCUAUGCAAAUUGGUUAGCAGUUUCUGUUUAUCUUUGUGCUGUGAAAUUUAUAUUCUGCUCCAUAUUUUCAGUUGUAAAUACGUUCUUAAUACGUACAGCACUCAUCAAAGACUGUAGUUUUAAAAUGCCAUUGCUUGUCAUUAAACAGCAGCAUUUGUUAUACUUUGAA